CAACUUUUGCCGAAGCCCCCACACACAGCCAUGCUGAGCUGAGCUCCGGCCGGGCACUGGCCGCGCGCUGCCCGCCCCGGCUCCCGCCCCACCGCGGACCCGCUCGGGGGCCGCGGCCGCCCGGCCCCUCGGCCUCGGCCGCUGCGCCCGCCCGCCCGGCCGCCCGGAGCCCCGCGCAGGGCCCGGCCGCGGCGGCGGCGGCGGCGGCGCCCGGCCCCCUCCCCCGGCGCCGGCCAAGUGAGGCGGUGAUGCGGGCGCUGGCGGCCCCGGCUGCGCCGAGAGCGGAGACACAGGCUCAAGAUGGCAGAUUCCGACUGAGGCUGGGGGGGCCGAGCUCGCGCGCCGCGUUCCCUUCUCCGUUGCCAUGAAUCGCGGACACCCCGGCCCCGAUGGCCCCCGUGUACGAAGGUAUGGCCUCACAUGUGCAAGUCUUCUCCCCUCACACCCUUCAAUCAAGUGCCUUCUGUAGUGUGAAGAAACUGAAAGUAGAGCCGAGUUCCACCUGGGACAUGACUGGGUACGGCUCCCACAGCAAAGUGUAUAGCCAGAGCAAGAACAUACCACCUUCUCAGCCAGCCACCACAACCGUCAGCACCUCCUUGCCGAUCCCAAACCCAAGCCUACCUUACGAGCAGACCAUCAUCUUCCCAGGAAGCACCGGCCACAUAGUUGUAACAUCAGCAAGUAGCACUUCUGUCACUGGGCAAGUCCUCGGCGGACCACAUAACCUAAUGCGUCGAAGCACUGUGAGCCUCCUUGAUACCUACCAAAAAUGUGGACUCAAGCGUAAGAGCGAGGAGAUUGAGAACACAAGCAGCGUGCAGAUCAUCGAAGAACAUCCACCCAUGAUUCAGAACAAUGCGAGUGGGGCCACUGUAGCCACUGCCACCACAUCGACUGCCACGUCCAAAAACAGUGGCUCCAACAGCGAAGGGGACUACCAGCUGGUCCAGCAUGAGGUGCUGUGCUCCAUGACCAACACUUACGAAGUUCUGGAAUUCCUGGGCCGAGGGACGUUCGGGCAGGUGGUCAAGUGCUGGAAGCGGGGCACCAAUGAGAUCGUGGCCAUCAAAAUCCUGAAGAACCACCCAUCGUAUGCGCGGCAGGGUCAGAUCGAGGUGAGCAUCCUGGCCCGCUUGAGCACGGAGAGCGCUGACGACUACAACUUUGUCCGCGCCUACGAGUGCUUCCAGCACAAGAACCACACAUGCUUGGUGUUUGAGAUGUUGGAGCAGAACCUCUAUGACUUUCUGAAGCAGAACAAGUUUAGCCCCUUGCCCCUCAAAUACAUUCGCCCCGUCCUCCAGCAGGUAGCCACAGCCCUGAUGAAACUGAAGAGCCUCGGUCUCAUCCAUGCCGACCUCAAACCGGAGAACAUCAUGCUGGUAGAUCCUUCUAGACAACCGUACAGAGUAAAGGUCAUCGACUUUGGGUCAGCUAGUCACGUGUCCAAGGCUGUGUGUUCCACCUACUUGCAAUCCAGAUACUACAGAGCCCCUGAGAUCAUCCUUGGUUUACCGUUUUGUGAGGCAAUUGAUAUGUGGUCCCUGGGCUGCGUUAUUGCGGAGCUGUUCCUGGGCUGGCCGCUCUAUCCGGGGGCUUCCGAGUACGACCAGAUCCGGUAUAUUUCACAAACACAGGGUUUGCCAGCUGAAUAUUUAUUAAGCGCAGGGACAAAGACAACUAGGUUUUUCAACCGUGACACAGACUCACCAUAUCCUUUGUGGAGGCUGAAGACACCAGACGACCAUGAAGCAGAGACGGGAAUUAAGUCAAAAGAAGCAAGAAAGUACAUUUUCAACUGUUUAGAUGACAUGGCCCAGGUGAACAUGACAACAGAUUUGGAAGGCAGUGACAUGUUGGUGGAGAAGGCAGACCGGCGGGAGUUCAUUGACCUGUUAAAGAAGAUGCUGACCAUAGAUGCUGAUAAGAGAAUCACUCCAAUCGAAACCCUGAACCACCCCUUCGUCACCAUGACACACCUACUCGAUUUUCCCCACAGUACACACGUCAAAUCAUGUUUCCAGAACAUGGAGAUUUGCAAGCGUCGGGUGAAUAUGUAUGACACAGUGAACCAGAGCAAAACCCCCUUCAUCACGCAUGUGGCCCCUAGCACAUCCACCAACCUGACCAUGACCUUCAACAACCAGCUGAACACUGUCCACAACCAGGCUCCCACCUCCACCAGUGCCACUCUUUCCUUAGCCAAUCCCGAAGUCUCCAUACUAAACUACCAAUCUGCACUCUACCAGCCCUCAGCGGCGUCCAUGGCUGCAGUGGCCCAGCGGAGCAUGCCGCUGCAGACGGGAACAGCCCAGAUCUGUGCCCGGCCUGACCCCUUCCAGCAAGCUCUCAUCGUGUGUCCGCCCGGCUUCCAAGGAUUGCAGGCCUCGCCCUCGAAGCACGCUGGCUAUUCCGUGCGAAUGGAGAAUGCCGUGCCCAUCGUCACUCAAGCCCCAGGAGCACAGCCUCUUCAGAUCCAACCAGGUCUGCUCGCCCAGCAGGCCUGGCCAAGUGGGACCCAGCAAAUCCUGCUUCCCCCAGCAUGGCAGCAGCUGACCGGAGUGGCCACCCACACGUCUGUGCAGCAUGCGACUGUCAUUCCCGAGACCAUGGCAGGCACCCAGCAGUUGGCUGACUGGAGGAACACCCACGCUCACGGCAGCCAUUACAAUCCCAUCAUGCAGCAGCCUACCCUGUUGACUGGUCAUGUGACCCUUCCUGCAGCCCAGCCCUUAAAUGUGGGCGUGGCCCACGUGAUGCGGCAGCAGCCAACCAGCACCACCUCCUCCCGGAAGAGUAAGCAGCACCAGUCCUCUACGAGAAACGUCUCCACCUGCGAAGUGUCCUCCUCGCAGGCCGUCAGCUCCCCUCAGCGGUCCAAGCGCGUCAAGGAGAACACGCCUCCCCGCUGCGCCCUGGUGCACAACAGCCCGGCCUGCAGCUCCUCGGUCACAUGCGGCUGGGGCGACGGGGCCUCCAGCACCACCAGGGAGCGACAGCGGCAGACGAUUGUCAUUCCUGACACCCCCAGCCCCACAGUCAGCGUCAUCACCAUCAGCAGCGACACAGAUGAGGAGGAAGAACAAAAGCAUGCCCCCACCAGCACUGUCUCCAAGCAGAGAAAAAAUGUCAUCAGCUGUGUCACGGUCCACGACUCUCCCUACUCUGACUCCUCCAGCAACACCAGCCCCUACUCUGUGCAGCACCGCUCUGGGCACCACACCAACACCUUUGACACCAAGGGGGGCCUGGAGAACCACUGCACCGGGAACCCCCGCACGAUCAUCGUGCCACCCCUGAAAACCCAGGCCAGCGAAGUGUUGGUGGAGUGUGAUAGCCUGGUGCCAGUCACCACCAGUCAGCACUCGUCCUACAAGUCCAAGUCCUCCAGCAACGUGACCUCCACCAGCGGUCACUCUUCAGGGAGCUCGUCCGGAGCCAUUGCCUACCGGCAGCCGCGGCCAGGCCCGCAUUUCCAGCAGCAACAGCCUCUCAAUCUCAGCCAGCCCUCUCCUGGUGCUUCUCCUUCUCCAGGCUCAGCAGCACAUCACCGCAGAGCGCGCCGGGAGCCACCGCCGGCAGCAGGCCUACAUCACUCCCACGAUGGCUCAGGCCCCGUACUCCUUCCCGCACAACAGCCCCAGCCAUGGCACUGUGCACCCCCACCUGGCCGCCGCAGCCGCAGCAGCCCACCUCCCCACCCAGCCCCACCUCUACACCUACACGGCACCCGCGGCCUUGGGCUCCACCGGCACCGUGGCCCACCUGGUGGCCUCCCAAGGCUCAGCACGCCACACCGUGCAGCACACUGCCUACCCGGCCAGCAUCGUCCACCAGGUCCCCGUGAGCAUGGGCCCCCGGGUCCUGCCCUCGCCCACCAUCCACCCGAGUCAGUAUCCAGCCCAGUUUGCCCACCAGACCUACAUCAGCGCCUCUCCAGCCUCCACCGUCUACACUGGAUACCCACUGAGCCCCGCCAAGGUCAACCAGUACCCUUACAUAUAAACACUGGAAGGGGAGGGGAGGGGAGGGAGGAUGGCCAGAGGGGAGGAGGGCGGAGGGGCAAGGUGGGAGCUGGGCUUUUUAUACUGAAGAUGCGGCACACAAACAAUGCAACGGGGGCAGGGGGGGCAGGGGGCAGGGACGGAUACAAAUGAAACUUGAACUAGGAGGUAGGGGGACUUAGAGCAGAGAAGAGAACAUUUUAAAAAAGAAGGGAUUGAGGAGGGGGAAUUCUAUGCUUUUUAUUUUAAAAAAAGAAAAAGAAAAAAAAGAAAGCAUCAGUAACAAAGAACACAGCUCACGAACCCAUUCUGCACCAAGCUGGAAAGGAGAAGAAGAGAGCAAUGGAAGAUUCUGGAAGUGGGGGGGCCCCAGUUUUUGAAAGAACUUUAUCUAUGAACUUCUCAAAGAUUAUUUUCAUAUGGCGGCAAGUGACAUUUAAGAAUUUGCUGUCGGGGACACCUGAUACGGAAAUCCAAUAGAUUUUUAAUGAUGGAACAUAAGAAUUAGGGAUUUUUCCAGAACUCUGAAGGGUCAGCAGCCCUCUAGAAGGUCGGGCCGUGGCCUGAGGAGGCUGAUAUUGGGGGAAGUGGUGGCGUGGGGUCGGCCAAGCCCAUUGUGGUUCGUGUGUCAGGACUGGUUGGGGCAGGGGUGGCCAGGCUGAAGGACGCCUCCCCACCGCAAAGAGGGCGCGUUUUCUCUUCCGGAGCACUCUGGAUAAAUCCCUAAGCAAUGUUACUCCUCCAGUGUCAUUAAUAUUGUGUGUUGCAAACUUGAGGGGUUUUCUUUUUUUUCCUUUCCUGAAGGUUUAUUUUCUCUUUGAACCAAUCCCUAGUCACGUAGCAUAGGACUAGCGGUCGUCGCCGACACCCUGGUAGAAUGUAGCAGUCAGCACCCCCGUUUUCUACUUUGUGUUCAACUCCAGUGAUACCAAUAGACUAUUCCUCAACGUAAUUGCACAAAAAAAAAAAAAAAAAGUGAUAGAACAUAGGCAUGUAAGCAGUGUGGUGGUCCAGGUGUGCGAGCGUGGGCGAGUGUGUGCGGGUGUGAGCGCGGAUGCCGCCCUCCCCGUGUGUCCCUCGGCGCCGCCAUCACGGCUCUCGCAUCCUGGGUUUGACACCGGUCCCUCCUAGUGCCUUACCGACCCACAGACGCGGUGUGAGGGGGAUUCCGCGGUACUCCUAGACGCGCACUGAGGCGAGUCCCGUCAUCUCAGCUCUUCUCUCGUGCUGUUGCAGCAUUUUACUCUGGUCUUUCCUUGUUUUCUUUUCUUUUUAUUUUAAUUUAAUUUAAUUUUGAUACCUGUUGUCUUUUUUGAGCUGUCUGCUAGCAGAGGGGUAUCAGGGAGUUGGCAGGAGCAGGGGGCAGGGUGGGCAGGUGCCCCGGGAGCUUAAGAGAGAUGUGGGCGGGUGGACCAACCCUGACUUGACUUUGGAGACCGAGAGCACGAGAGAUUCCCCACCCUGCACCUCCCCCGACUCUGCCUCCAGUUUUGCUUGGGGGGCCGGCUCCUACCCUUUGCGGGGGCAGAGGUCCCAUCCGCGUUGCCGGAAUGUUGCCCUUGCCAGGUGGCUGCCUCCUUCCUGAUACAGGAGCCCAGGGGAGAGGAGGCCACCUGCCACCUCCGGGCUUGGCACAGCCUUCCUGUCUGCGAGGUGGACCCCACCCCAGGCCCUCACACCCACCCCACACUCUUGCACGCCCCUAUCCGUCUCUCUCAUUGCGCCGACUGCGUAUUGCUCUCCCAGUUCUGCUGGAUCCUUCCCUCGUGGACAACCAUCAACCUUUGUUUGCUGCUGCAUCUUUCCUCUCGCUACCGGGCCUGCCCAAGACUCGACUUCGUUUUUGGUCUUAGAGGGGUCUGGUGGGCAGAAGGUCAGAGGGACGUUUAUGAGGGUGACGAGUGGGUCUUACACUGCACUUUGGAACACUCCCACAGGCGCUUAAGUUUCCAAAGAAAUUUGCCCUUUGCCCUCUUUGUACCAUUGAUACAUUCUGGAAGUUUUCUCAGGCUUUGAACACUGCUAGGGGGGUGGGGGGGUGGGAUAUCUCCAUUCAUAGCAAAACUACUCUGCGUACAUGAAUGUUGGGAGACUCUCAUCUUAGAUGGGGCUUAGAAGGGUGGCCCUAAUUGUUUGAUUCUUGAUGCUGAGUCCUAACUGAUCCCAAAGCCAAGUCUCCAAGGGGCAAAGAGAUGGUUCCCAGCUGGGGCAGUUUGUCCUCCUGCUCCCUGCCCCCUGCAAUUUCCCGCCACCAUCUACUGUGAACAAUGGUUUUAUUGUGAUCCCCUUAAUUCAGUAACAAAGCCAGGCCAUUACCUUAGCUGUUAGCUGUGAAAUAGCUGUUAGCUGUGAAAUAACUUUGGAAAUUCCUCCUCCCCAACCAUGAAUUCUGCUCAUCUUACAAAGAAAUAGGUCCCCGAACUGGAGCCAGCUUAGUGCCGGCCUGAGGCUGGAAGGAAAGACACCAUGACCCCCCCGGAGGCACACACUCAGGCAGCCCCCAGUCCCUGGCCAGUGAGCCUGCGAGAGGUUCGCCCCAGGGCAAGACACUCUCCUCGGGGACCCACCAACUGACCGAUUGAUGGAUACUCCUUUCCCGGGACAUGGGGAAGGGCCAUCUCCCUAAGACCAGUCUGGAGACAGUGGGGGAGAAAAGUCGUCAGAGGACAUAUGAGCCAGAGCCCUCUCAGAGCCAUGCCAGCCUGGAAGACCCACCUGUCCUGACUUGACAGCAUCCGGAUGGCAGCCGAGCCCCGUCCCGUGUCCUCCUGACCAGCGACAGAAGUCUUGGCUGCACGUGAGACCGCAGCGGCCUUGCUGGGUAGCACCUGCGUCCCCUCAUACAGCUGACUCCCAGCCCUUCCUAGAUCUGAUCUCCUCUGGGAAAAGACAACGUAGCCUUCCAUUUUAAAGAAAAUUUCUUUGUCUACUUAAGUUGGAAGUCUCAUUCUUUCACCUGAGAUUUUCUUUGUUUUCUUCCAGAUCAGGAAUGAAUGUUCCUUGCUGCUCCUAAAGAUAAUAUUAUUGUACUAAUUGUUCUGAUUAUUUCCAUUGUAAUUUUUAUCAAGAUCAUCAUGUUGAUAUUUUAGCUAGGGUUUUAAAUGCACAUUUAUUCCCAGUAUCUUCGUGUUUUCUCUUUAAUAUUUAAACUUAUUAUAUCUGUGAGUGUAUGAGUAGACAGGAAGGACACGCAGUGUCCAGUUUUGUUAAACAAGACAAAAAACAAAACAAAAGACAAAAAGGAAAGACCCAGGAAUUAGGAAAAUUGUUUCUGUCGUCUCUAGUCCACAAAGAGCUGUCAAGAAAGACCCACCACAAAACAAAAGUUUGAAGAGGAAUCAAGACCUUUUCUGUGCGCAGGCUGGACUGGACUCUUAACAACACAAUCACCAUUGACGUCAUACUCUCCCAGAGUCACAGUGGCCUGGGAAGAGUUGUGAGGUGGUACCUCCAGGCCCCACCCUCAGCUGUGGCUCUUUCCCACAUUCCCUGUGCUCUCGUGUGCUUCUAGAAUCUGCUAACUAGAUUCUUGGCCUGCUUCACAUCUGAUACUGACCUGUCAUGCAAAAGACAAGCCCUUCUGCCCAGAUGUCCUUUUCCCAUCAGUGCCCCGGAAGUGUGGCUCUAUCUCCCUCAGUGCAGAGACGGUUGUCUGUCCUAGAAGCCACUGGCUAGAAUGAGCGGAUGUAAGGGUGCAAGGCAGGUGGUACCUUCCCCUGGGCAACUUCAGCCUCAGUCCCCUCCUCCCACUCGCCAGCCAUACUGCCCACUUCUCCAAUCUCUUCUCCCUUACCCCUCCCGCCCCCCAGUACCUCUUCUCAGCGUGCAAUUCUAGGGACAAAACUAGGAGCCAAAAAAAGGUGGAGGGAUGGUAAGAGGCCAAAGGAGCACUGACGAAGUCAAGCAGCUCCUCCAACACUGGCAGGCAGGGCCUCCUGAAAGUGUCGGCCAGCAGAGGAGCACAGCAGGACCUCAAAGCCAUCCCUUUGGUGCACUAUGCCUAGUGUGUGAUGGGCUUUUUAAAAUUGGCUUGAGAUGCCCACACACUGCCCACCAAACCCAGAAGUACAGGCCUUAGGUUGAACUGCUGGUUUUACUGAGGCUUACCGAGGGUGAUGUCAGGCCGUGCCCAGCCCUGGUGCUGACCGGCAAACAGGAGUGCAUCCUCCCCUUGUCCCCCACCACCCUCCUCUUCAGGUCCCCAGCACAGAGCUGCAGAAUCAGAAGACCCCCCGUGUGUGAGGCCAGGCCCCUCGUGCACUCCGUAGCACUUGCCCAGAUCUCCCGUCCCUUCCUCCAGGCUCUGAGUCACCCCAGCAAAUCGGAUGAAUCAAAGCCUGCCCAUCCCUAGGACCAAGUUCUCUAAAGUAGAGGGAUGCCAACCUCAUCCUUGUUGAGACCAUAAAUGACCUAGAACAUCACCUGUUCUUCAACCACCUCUAGUUGAAGAAGCAUAGCAAAGCGGAAGAGGGGAAGGUUGAGAAGGACAGGUCAAGGAGAACCAUGUAGCUGUCCGUAGCCUCAGGAAGUCGGGGGGAUGUGCUUCUGCCCCGGGGGUUCUCGCUGAUGCAUCUGGGCGUGCACACCCGUGUUUCUGCACUUAGUGCCUCGUUCAUGGCGUUCUGGCUGUUUCCAAGGGAAGGUGAGCAGGCCGACCGGUGGGAGAGUCUGAGGCUUGAUGCCAGUUAAAACUGUGAAGUGGUGCAUGUGGUUGAUCGCGUUCAGAGGGCGAGGAAGGGUUGAGGCGAACCAACGGCUGUCUCCUGGACCGGAGCUGCGUUCUGGCCUUACUGGCGGUGAGGGGCUUGCGGGCUGGCCUUGCACUCUUCACCCUGGAAGAGUCGACCCGCCCGAACACCAGACUGUUGGAUGUAAGGAAGGGAAGGGGAGAUCAGCACAGCUGCCAACGGGCUGCUUUCCCUCGACCAGAUCUCUGGAAGGGCAAACACUCAUUUUUGAACAAGCUUAUGGUGGAGGAUUUGGGUUGUGUGAGUGUGUGUGUGUGUGAGUGGGGCAGACUUUCUUGGAAACUGGAGGAAGGAGAUGAGGAGGCUUAAGGAGUUACUGCUGACGGGCUGUGGUCGGUGAAACGAGGUGUGUCCUUGAGCUGACCCCAGCUUUCAUCCCAGGCCCUCUCGGGUGCUGGGACCAGGGGUCGGGGAGUGGGGCCCCCGCUGGCCUGCCCAGGAGCUGCUAGGACAGAUCAUAGAAAGAAGAUAACGAGGUGCUCUCAGGUAGCAGAGGGAAUUCAGCAGGGAGGUGAGGACCCUUUCCGCAGGCCUGGCCUGGGACUUCACGAUGCCAGCGUGAGCCAUUUUGCCAGGAAGCAUUCCGGCCCCGGAAGCACUUUGCACGCUGUUCUGGCUCCGCUGUGUCUCACCGACUUCAGAUGGGGAAGCCUCAAAACUGAACAGGCCAGAGCUGUCCUUAACAAAUUGGAAAGGAAGGUGUAACUGUUCCUUUCUUUAGCCAAAGAACCCUUCUCAAAGACACCUCCAGAUAGGGACAAAAUGGCAUUCCUCUUUCCGGGCAAUAAUGACAUCGUCAGCGAUGCGAUUCCAUGUGUCUCUCUUUGUCCUCUCUCCUGACUUGUAUUUAUUUAUUAUUAUUAUUGCAUUGAUUUCAAACUGCAUUCAUCUUUUAAGAGGAGAGGAGAUCAGUAACCCUAAAUGCUGCUGCUUGGGGAAGCUGGAGGCACCGGGAGAACACGUGGGCUUGACGGAUGGCGCGUUGUCCCAGAGACUGACCGAAGCUCGGGGGGUCGGGUGCACGCGGGGCUGCACUGGGCGUGUCAGUGCUUUCCCACUUUGAUGCCUUAGGACUCUCCCUCCUAAUCUCCACAGACUAGAGUCUGUCAAAUCCCAGUUGGGCUGCUAGAGAAUGGAAGAUGGCGAAACGACCCUUACACGCAAUAGAAACCUUCCAAAGGCUUUUGGCACCCUUGCACCCCAGGAUGGCCCAAGCCAGUAGCGGUCCCUCACAUCUCUCUCGCAGCUUCCAGAAGUUCAGGAGAGCCAGCUCCAAGCCAGUCGCCCCUGUGAUAUGUGUUGAGCGUUUACAGAGAAGUGAUCCUCCUGCAGAGGAUGCUUUGUCAGAGAUCUUCCUCAUUCCCUACAGGUCUCUGAGGGCCCCUACCCUAGACGGCUGCAUUGGAGCCGCGUGUUGGCUGUCACCCGUUUGCUAAAACAUGCAGUGUCCCUCCAGGAAGUUGGAGGCAGCAUUUGCUGAAUGCUUCCGGUUGCAGGGCCCCAGGCCAAGCCCCGGAUGAGCUUAUCUCAUGGGCCCCUCGUGGAUGCCCUCUUUACCCAUAGGAAGCAACGCUCUGAGAAAGCACGCUUGUUAAAGGAAAGGAAAUAUGACGGUGGUCCAAAAUCUCCCAAGUUUCUAGUGAAAUUUGUGUUAAUCAGGACUUCACUGAGAUACCAUUUUGUUCCGCUUUUUUAAUUAACAAUGAGUGGCUUCAUGCCUUUUGACAGACCAUCUAAUGAUACUUCUGUUUACCGUGUGCCAAACACUGUGCUCAAAACUGCUCACUGGUUAUCUUGUUUUGUUUAGUCUCCAUAAUAACGGUAUGAAAGGGGUCCCAUUUGUCCCUUUCCAGGUGAGGCAUGUGGCUUGGAGAGCUGGUGACAUGCCCAGGGUCACAUGGCUGGUGAGGGAGCGGGCCUUGAACCUGGGUCUGCCCAGCUCCAGAACUGAGCUCGCAGCCACCAGCCUCCUCGGCCACCUCCUGUGUGUGUGUGUGUGUGUGUGUGUGUGUGUGUGUGUGUGUGUAGUGUGUGUGCAAAGAAAAGCCUUGAAGGAAUGUCACCCCUCCCCAUCCCUGCCCCAUGCGUGCAACCCAGCAGAAGGUCUGAAUGAGAGGAAGCCCUGGAUUGGAUGUAAGCAGAAGGGGCAGAAUCCGUUUUACUUUUAGAGAAAAUCUUAGGGGAGUUUCUUUUGAUUCAUAGUAGAAUUCAUUUCCGAUUCCUUUCCAGUGUACCAACUAGCUUUAGUAGUGCUGCUACAACAAACUUAGGAGUGAAGAAAAAAAGUGUUCUUUUCUUCUUUUAAAAAAAAAUAAUAAAUUUUUUCUUGCUUAUAGUUAAUUCUAGAAAGGCAAUACUAAAGGUAUAUAUUUUUUUUAAAAUGCUAUUUUUUACUGCACUGAUAAAUAUCAUGACAACUCUGGUCUCUAUAAUCGAUCCACUCUUCAGCUCUGGGUAGAACCAGAUGCGGGAUUCACACCAAAUUUGUAAAUACCGUGUGUGGGUCUGGUGUCCAGGAACUUUUUUCUUUGUGUUAAAAAAAAAAGAGAGAGAGAGAGAGAAGGAGAAAAACCAAGAUGACUCUUAGAGGAACCAGAUAAGGGUUUCUUUGGAGAUACUCUUCUCAAAGAAAUGGAGAGAACAGUCAUGUAAACAGAAAAAUCAGCCAGCUUUUAGGGUAUAAAGAAGGAGAGUCUCUUGCCACAGUAUGAGAUUAAUAGUAAUGCAGAAGCAUUUUUAAUUUGGUUGAAAGUGACAAGAAUUUAGAAAUGCUUUAUGAUGAGAUUUUUAAUUUUUUAGAAAACUAUUACCAUGUGUUAUGAAACAUCUCCUCAGUUGUGUUGGGUGGGUUUUUGUUUCUUUUUUAUUUAAAAAAACAAAAAAAAAAAAAAAACAAAAAAAAAAACAAAAACUUCUCUAUUGACUGGCUCCAGGCUUGUUUGCCUCAAUUCUUAGGUAGUUUACACAAGUUCUAGAGCCUUCUAGAACUUUGACUCCAUUGGAAGCAAACCCAGCUAAUCAGAAUUUGAGAUCCUGGUUGGUUUCAAUAGGUAUUCUGGAAUUCUGACAGAAUACCUAAAGAUUUUUUUUAAAGAAGGUUUUAGAUACAUUAUCUUACACAAACUGUGACCUAAUGGCAAUAAUUACCUCAAAUGUGGGCAUUCAUCCUGGUUUUAGCCUUUUUUGAAAUCAUGUAGCCAGCUUGAUCUUGGGAUUUAAAAGACUAUGAACUCUGUGUGGGCUGAAAAUAAUGAUUAAUGCACACCCUGGUCAUUGUUGCUUAAGUGAAUUCUGAAAAUAGCUGAUCUUUACAUCAAAAAUUAAACCAAGGAAGAGAUUAUUCUUUGUGUGUUGUAAUGAAAUGUGAUAUUCAAAUGCACAUGUUAAGUAUAUAUGUUUUUAGCUACUGUAAAAUGCUGUUAGCCUUCUAAGAUAUCAAGAGAGCCACAUUUUAAAUGCGUAAACUAAGUAAUUGACUGUGGAUACUUAAGCAUAUUUCUGGCUACGUUUUAUAGUUAAAGUGUUUUAUAGUUUACAUUUGAACUGGUACUUUUUAAAGAAAAUUUCUGUUUCUAACUGACAUCUUCAGACCCCAGCAAUCGCCUCUUUAGUUGGAGGCCAUGCCCCUCCAAGGCAGGUGUUUUCUACCCAUACCAUUGUGUAGCCCAACAGAACGUUUCCCUCCACGUUACUUACUGGUUUCCAUGUGAACGCGAGAGAAUGUGAAAGGAUUUCUGGAUUGAGUGGGAAGGGGGUGAGUCUGUAGCCUGGGCCAGAUGUGAAGACCUCAUGCCUUGUUGUAUCAACGCUUGUCUCCAAAGAGGCCUUCUCUUUGACAUCCUGGAAGAGGCAGAGAGAACAGAUACCUGAUUCGUUGAUUUUGUCUUGAUCUGAAUGUUUAAUUUCUAUUGAUCCACUGACUUCCAGUCACCAGGCAGUAAAAGACACUGGGAUUUAGGCGGCCCUGAAGGUACAGCUGCUAUAUCUGGGCCCCUGGCAAUAUUCUGAUUGGUGUUUUGCAAGGGGGAGCCACCUCUCUGCCCACAUUCUUCGGCUGGGCUUUCCACAUACCUGCUGUCACUCAUUCCUUUUCUCCUUUAAAACAAAAUAAAUGCAAAAGGAUGUGUUUACUUUUUACUCUUUGUCAAACUCAGAUUUGAAGCCGAGGUCAGUGGGAGAGGGGACGCUAGAUUCCUCCCUUGAGACUGUUAAGUGCUGCUGAGCAGGGGACAGGCUGGGGAACCUAGGGGCAGCUGGGGGAGGAGUGUGGGUCAUUGAGACCCUCGAAGUAGAGAUGGUCCCUGUGACGCUUCAGAGAGUGGGCCCCACUGUCUCCUAGGAACAACCUAGAACAUGCUGGUUCCCCUAAAAGUUUUAGUUUGUUUCUUGUUUUCUCUCCUACAACAACCCAAGUGCAGAGGACCUGCUGUGAUAAAGGGCAUUCCGUUAGCAGAUUAAGACUUUGCAAACUGCAGGACGCCUGGGACCAGGGAACUGUUUGUGUGUGUUCAUUUGAAUGCAUUCGCGUUUUCCCUGUGACCUCUGUGGACCGUACUUUCUCAUGACAGGUUCUUGUAAGAAACAUUAGGGUAAAAAAAAAAAAAUUUUUUUUUUUAAUCUCACUCUUCCUAAUAAUACUCCUGUUUUCCCUCUGUUUGGUCUUUUCCUUUGCUUGAAACUCAUCAAAUUAAUUUUAUGUCAUUGUCUUUGGGGCUUAACCGUAUGUUUAAAAACUAGAAGCAUAGAAAUUAGCUUCAAAAAAAAAAAAAAGGAGAAAAAAAGAAG